UUGCGUGUUCAUACAUCUGACGGUAUUUCCGGGCCGGUAUGAGUGUGCGCUGGUAAAGACAGAAGAAAAUAAAAUGGAGGAGAUUGGGAUAGUUGUGGAGAAAUGUCAGGAAGAGAUCGCUGUCCCGACCUCUUCCCGGCCUCAGACCGCCUUCUCGUUUCUAGCACCGGAGCCAGAGGACCUAGAAGAUCUUUACAGCCGCUACAAGAAGCUGCAGCAGGAGCUGGAGUUCCUGGAGGUCCAAGAGGAGUACAUCAAGGAUGAGCAGAAGAACCUGAAGAAGGAGUUCCUGCACGCUCAGGAGGAGGUCAAGAGGAUCCAGAGCAUCCCGCUGGUCAUCGGGCAGUUCCUGGAGGCUGUGGACCAGAACACUGCCAUCGUGGGCUCCACCACAGGAUCGAACUACUAUGUGCGAAUCCUGAGUACGAUAGACAGGGAGCUGCUGAAACCCAACGCCUCCGUCGCGCUGCACAAGCACAGCAAUGCCCUGGUAGAUGUGUUGCCACCAGAGGCAGACAGCAGUAUCAUGAUGCUCACAUCAGAUCAGAAGCCAGACGUGUUGUACUCUGACAUCGGAGGAAUGGACAUCCAGAAACAGGAAGUGAGGGAGGCCGUAGAGCUUCCUUUAACGCACUUUGAACUCUAUAAACAGAUCGGAAUCGAUCCCCCCAGAGGAGUGUUGAUGUACGGACCUCCUGGCUGUGGGAAAACUAUGCUGGCGAAGGCAGUAGCACAUCACACCACAGCUGCGUUUAUCAGAGUUGUCGGCUCGGAGUUUGUCCAGAAGUACUUGGGGGAGGGACCCCGGAUGGUGCGAGACGUCUUCCGAUUGGCCAAGGAGAACGCCCCUGCCAUCAUCUUCAUCGAUGAGAUCGACGCCAUUGCCACCAAGAGAUUUGACGCACAGACAGGAGCUGACAGGGAGGUCCAGAGGAUCUUGCUGGAGUUGCUGAACCAGAUGGACGGUUUCGACCAGAACGUUAAUGUCAAGGUGAUCAUGGCCACUAACAGAGCAGACACGCUGGAUCCCGCUCUGCUCAGGCCCGGCCGACUCGACAGGAAGAUCGAGUUCCCCCUUCCUGACCGCCGUCAGAAACGUCUGGUCUUUAGCACCAUCACCAGCAAGAUGAACCUGUCCGAGGAGGUCGACCUUGAGGACUAUGUGGCUCGGCCUGAUAAGAUUACCGGUGCAGACAUCAACUCAAUUUGCCAAGAGGCUGGUAUGCUGGCUGUGCGAGAGAACCGCUACAUCGUGCUGGCCAAGGACUUUGAGAAGGCGUAUAAAACGGUCAUUAAGAAAGACGAACAGGAGCACGAGUUUUACAAAUAGUGAGAUGGUCUGAGAUUUCGAGGGCGUGUGUUUCUUACCACAGGGCUUGUGCUGUUUCCCCAGUUGACAAACAGAAAUCUGUAGCAUGUUAACUUUCGUUUAUUAACUAUGUGCAGGGGCGUAUGUUUGAAUAAAGUUUCUUUUCACAAAAAUCA